CACGUAUGUACAACCAUGGAAUGGUAACUCACAAAUUAAAGCUCCAAUUUUGCCAGCAUAAUUAUUUGCGAGACGUGAGAAUUUGUUCCGUGGUUUUCGCCGAUUCGAUUGAAUUAUUCAUUUCAGCUAUGCUCACGUUAAUAUUCCUGAUUUUUAAGGCAAGCAUUGCCAUCGGGUUGGGGAUUGUUAUAACGACAGUUCCUACGGUGUUUUCCUCAGAUUCAACAGCAGUGAAAUUUACCAACAUAACUAAGAAAUGCGCUGAAAACGUGUUGUUAUCAUGCGAAGUCAUAAACACAAAAAAUCAACAUCAGUGGUAUCGCUUAACAUCCGAAAAAAUUGAGAAAAAAUUAAAAAAAUCAUCAAUAGAUCAAUUAUCUCCGUACAAAGUAGAAAACACUGAAAAUAAAAAUUCCAAGACUGGAGAUGUUACGUUGCAUUUCCUAACUCGGUUUGAUACCGGAUGGUAUACGUGCUUAAAUCUGUCGACAGAGGGAUACCCAAAGGUCACUCACAGCAUUUGGUUGGAAGUCAGAUGUGGAGGUGAUCAAAACAAAUAUCACACAGAACAGCAGUUGAAAAAAAUUCAGAAUGGUAUAGCACCACCUUACGUUCUUGUGAAGAGGAUUUACAAUGUAGAAAAAGGAGAUACUCUAUACCUGGAAAUUUGUGCAAGAGGAUAUCCGAAGCCAAUAUAUAAUAGUAUAACAUACGUAAAGAAUCACCGGGAAACCUCUAUAGAAGACUUGGAUGAUUCGGAUACAAUAAUCCGCUCGAGAAUUCCAAUAACUGAGCUAAAAGUGCCAACAACUCUUUCCUUUGUUGCGUGUAAUACAAAUGGCUGCAUUAAUGAUACCAUUCACUCUAUUCAUGUAACAGGAAACGGUAUUGUACUAGAAGAAACUCAGAGUCAAACUAUAUUUCUAUGCUGUAAAAAUGAACUCGACUCGGACUGGAAUGUAACAUUUAUCUAUAAUACCAGAAGAGGAACGACAAUUACAGGGGCAAAACAAGCUCAAUCGCUACUUUCUGCUUGCUAUAGAAUACCUGAAAUCACCUAUGUAAAUGAAGGCUUAUACGAAUGCCGAAAGAUGAAUUAUUCCAACUGGAUCACUAUCGGCGUUUUUCACUUGAAAAUAUGGAAUGACUCGAUACCAGGCACACUUUCCGCUGAACAUGACUCAAGUUUUACCUACCAGAUAACCACCAAUGAGUAUUUUCGAGUUUACAUCAAGCUUAUGGAGGCUUACACUUAUGAUUUCGAUGACCAUUCCAGCUCAAUAUUUGAAGAAUACGAGCGUAAAAUUACUACUGGUGUUAAAGAAAUAUUCUUUACGCCAAAUUUUGCCGGGGUGCGCUUAGUGGCUAUUUUAAGUACAUUUAACAUAUCUCAGUCGAGGGCUGUAGUAGAUCUCGAGUUCUCUGAUCUUGUUGGUGAGGCACAUGUCGGAGAAACAUUAUUUGGUCAGCUAGCCUCUUAUAAAAAAAUUGGUUCGUUGGCUGCAUCGCCGGAAAAACCCUAUGUUCUCAAUUUCGGACGAAAGCGUCCUUUGCAGUGUUCUCCUACAGAAAUCCCCUGCAAAAAUUCGUCUAAAUGUAUCCCAUCAUCAGGCAGAUGCGAUAAAAACGCCACAUGUCUAGAUAGAAGCGAUGAAGAAGAGUGCCCGGGGCCAGAUCGAUGUACAGCGAAUGAUAAAUUCUCUUGUCCCAAUUCUGGAGGAAUAUUGGUUUGUGCCAGUGUUAAAUGCGACGGAAAAAAGGAUUGCCCUGGUGGCGAAGACGAACCACCGACUUGUGAUAAGACUCCACGCCAAGAACUUGCGAUUGAAAAAGAUGACAUGAUAAUGAAGAUAUUAUUCAUCACGCUAGGAAUGAUAUUGAUAAUUACAGUAAUAUGUGGCAUACUUUUUUUCUGCAAAUACAAAAAAGAAAUGAGACAGAAAGAUACCGAAAUUGCAGAAAUGACACAAGUGGUGAAAAAGAUUGUAGUAAAGAAACAAAUCAACAUCGAUGAAAAUUUUCGCGAUGUUUUGAAUAUGCCUGUCGUUUCAAUUGAACGUUUGAAAUCUGGUAUAGUGAAAAACGGCAUGGUUUCGGUAGGCGAAUAUGAAAUGUCAUUAGAUGAACGUUGGGAAUACCCUCGACAAAAUUUACACUUGGGGGACACUUUGGGGGAAGGCGAAUUUGGGAAAGUAGUGCAAGCCGAGGCGAAGGAUAUUUGGAACCAUGGAAAUAACCUUGUAACAGUGGCAGUGAAAAUGCUCAAGGAUGAUCACUUGGAUUCAGACAUGAUAGACUUGGUAUCUGAAAUGGAAUUGAUGAAAUUACUUGGAAGUCACCAGAACAUCCUUCGACUUCUCGGCUGUUGCAGCCAAGGAGGAUCAUUGCUUGUAAUUACAGAAUAUGCCCGAAACGGAAACCUCAAGAAUUUUCUUCGAAAACAUUUUCUCCAUUCCAUCAAAAUAGAAGAAAGCACUCUCUUGACUUAUGCUCGUCAAAUUGCGCAGGGAAUGGUUUAUCUGUCUUCAAUAAAAUGUAUUCAUCGAGAUUUGGCGGCUCGCAAUAUCCUUGUAACAGCUCAGUACACGAUGAAAAUAGCUGAUUUCGGCCUCGCCAGAGAUGUGAGACAUACAGAAUACUACAAGAAGACAUCAAAGGGUCGACUACCCAUAAAGUGGAUGGCACCAGAAGCUUUAUUUAAUAACCGAUACACAACGCAAUCUGACGUCUGGUCUUUCGGCAUAUUGCUUUGGGAGAUUAUAACGCUGGGUGAUGAUCCGUAUCCUUCAAUCGAGGACCUUGCUGGGCUACGUAACGCUUUAAAGCAAAAUUAUCGAAUGGAAAAGCCCGAAAAUGCAUCUACAAACGUAUACAAUUUGAUGAUGGAUUGCUGGAGUUUUGAACCAGAAGAUCGUCCAAAUUUCUUAUCAAUAGUAGAACGUCUAAAAGAAUUAGUGACUGAUGCUAGGCCUAAGGUAGUUGAUGGGUCUUAUCAUUCAGAAAAUUCUGAUGAAUCCGACUCGCAAAGUGUUAUUUCCACAACGGAAUCCAGUGAAGACGAAAAUGAAAUUACAAAACCUUUUUUGGAAUGAUCAAUUCGAUAUAGGUACCUAGAUAGUAUUUUGUCGGUAUUGUUUCUAUUCUCUAUAGGUAUAUAAAAAAUUAUUUGUUUGACGGCAAGGUGACGCCAUACAAUAGGUAUAUCUAUCUAUAGAAUUUAGUAUAAAUACAUAAUUAUGUAAUUUCAUUUAUUUUUUUUGCAAAUUUUCACUGAAUAUGAAACGUUCAAAUCUGUUGAUAUGUACCUACUUAGGAAUAUUAUCAUUUAAUUUCAU